AUGUCCGAAACAAAGAAUUUACCUCCAUUCCCAUCCGACGUCCCUACAGCUCCCCUCCUCCGUCUUUCACUUUCCAAACUACAAGCCCACGAUAUCACGGAAACCCACAACCUCCUCCAAGCCUGCAAAGACAUCGGCUUCUUCUACCUCGAUCUCCGCGAUUCGAACGAGGGCACCAACCUGCUCAACAACGCAGACAAGCUAUUCCCAAUAGGCGAGCGCCUAUUCGACCUACCCCUAGACGAGAAAAAGAAAUACGACCUCGCCAGCCAGAAAUCCUAUUAUGGAUACAAAGCGCAAGGUGCCAUGGUCUCCAAAGACGACAUCCUGAACAUCGCUCCCCCUCUCCCAUCCCCACCAAUCCUACAGGAAUCCCGCCCCCUUCUCGAAUCAUUCAUCCGAACCUCCCACGACAUCGUGACUCUCCUCCUCUCAAUCCUAAGCGAUAGCCUUUCUCUUCCUACAUCCACCCUCCCCAACCUCCACCGUCUAACUGCCCCGAGCGGUGACCAAAUCCGCUUCAUCAAGGCCCCCCCUACCGCUACUCAGAACCCCACAUUAGGCGAACACACCGACUUCGGCAGCGUCACCAUCCUCUUCAACCGUAUCGGAGGCCUGCAAGUCCUCCCUCCCGGAGCGGACGCAGAAUGGACGUACGUGCGUCCGCUACCCGGCCAUGCUAUUAUCAACCUAGGUGAUGCAAUGGUGAAGUUCACUAACGGGCUGUUUCGGUCGAAUAUCCAUCGGGUGGUUGCGCCGCCGGGACAGCAGGCGGGUUGCACGCGGUAUAGUCUGGUUUAUUUUGCGAGGCCGGAGGAUGAGGUUCCUUUGCGGCGGUUGGAGUCGGAUAGGAUUCCGGCGUUGGGGGAGGGGGUGGUUGAGGAGGAGAUUAGUAGUAAGGAUUGGGUGAUAAGGAGGGCGUUAGGGAGGAGGGUGGAUUUGGGGCCGGUGGACUAUGAGAAGGCGGCUGGGACGGAGGGGGUGAGUAGGAGGUUGAGAGUCUAG